AUAGCUAUAAGUACUGCGGAGGAGAUUCUCUCUCAAUCCAUUUCUUGAAAACUGAAGAAAAAGAAAGAUCCACAGCAGCUGCUCGAGACAUUCAACUGUUGGAAAAGAUGUAUUUUUAUUCAGAAGAUACGCGAAGAUUUUUCUAUGGAAUAUCUUCAGAUGGCAAUGAAGUAUGGUACUGGCUGCAUCUUGCUCAUAGUUUUUUUAUGUGAAAAUGCAUCACUAGAAAUACAACAGUCUCAUGUCAGGACUUGGUCCAGUCAAAUAGAACUUUUACUCCAUUCUGUUGUGGAUAACGGGUUAAAUAAGUCAAAUGUUCAAGAUACAUUUGACAAUUUGAAUUAUGCUCAGAAAAAACAAAAUGGUGGUUCAAUGUUAAAACAAGCAUCUGCAAGAUUGUCUGCAUUUUUUAAAGAUAGAGAAAGUAUAGUAAAGAACCUAGCUUCAGAAGUGAAAAGGCUCUAUCAAGGUUUUACACAAACAUCUAGUUAUUAUGCAGAUCUUUUAAACAAGACAACUGAACUACAUCUUCUUCCAAAGAAAUAUUUUAUUGACACAGAUUCCAACCAGAAAGAGCACCUUUCCUACAGCUCAUUGUUUGGUCAACCAGUUAACUUCAAUCAAAGUUUUGUUAAAUUACCCAAUCAAGUUGAUCGUUCUAAUAAUGAAACUAUAGCGACAGUUAUUUGGGCUGCUGGUUUAGACAAACAGUUUAAGAAACAUAAAGAAGAAUCUGGAAUUUUAUGGCAGUAUUUUGCUUCCCAUCUUGGUGUGUAUCGUGUCUAUCCUGGUUUUGAAUGGGAAAGAAAUUUUAUUGGCUUCUCUCUUGAUUUCGAUCCACGAAUUCGCCCAUGGUAUGUUUCUGCUAUAUCAGGACCAAAAGAUGUGGUAGUAAUAUUGGAUUGUAGCACCUCGAUGAAAGGACGCCGCUUUGAACUUUCUAAGGAUAUUACGAAGACAAUUCUUCAAACCUUAACACACGAUGAUCACUUUACAAUCAUAUGUGGUAGAGCAAGUCAUUGGGAUAAGAAUGGAAAUUGGCAUGAAUAUAUUUAUGAUGGUGAAGUUGUUGGUUGUAACAAAGAUGCGCUGGUUAGGGCAGAUUCCAAAAACAGAGAAGAUUAUUUAAAAGGCUUGGACCAGAUAAAACCUGGAGGUACCAGUGAAGUUAGGUUAGCUUUUCGUAAGGCAUUCAAUAUGAUCCGAAAAAGACAGGGCUGCCAGUCAAUCAUUAUUUUUACUACUGAUGGGCAUGACAAUGACGGAGAAGAUGUACGCUGUAAUCAAGGUCAGUAUGCUAGAACUGGAAACUUUGUUCCUGGCAAACAAUGUCAAUAUAAAUGGUCAAAAGUUUUCAAUGAAGUAAAAAGACAGAAGAAGCUAUCUGGAGAAACUCGCAUCUUUACCUAUCUAAUUGACAGCAAUGAAGAGAAACUAGCUGGUCAAUUGGCUUGUGAUAAUGGUGGAGCGAUGAAGAAAAUUGCAACUAGGGACGAUUUGUUAUCUCAAAUGUUUGAUUACUACAACUAUUUAACCAUAAAUACAAUAAGAGACAACAACAUCGUUUGGUCUGCUCCUUAUCUCGAUGGUUUGGGCUUUGGCAGAAUGGUCACUUGUACGAUUCCAGUGGUCAGUCACUCAAAUAAUCAAACAAUAGGUGUAGUAGCAGUUGAUUUAUCGUUAUCAGAGAUUGAUAAGAUUUUGUCAAAUUUUACAUGGGGUGACGUGUACGCAUUUGUGAUCAACAAGGAUGGUCAAGCGAUAUUUCAUCCAGCUCUUGAUCCUAAGUCUGGCGUGUUUGAGCAAAAUAUGCCUUAUGUGUCCAUCUUUGAUUUGGAGCUAAACAAUGGCAAACCAAAAAAAUUCAAAGAUCUAAUCUUAAAGAUGGUAUCUGGUGAAUCAGGUUCAAUGCAUAUCCUCGAUGCAGUCGCAUAUGACUUUCACUUGUCAGCAAACAAACGUAUGAUAUCAGAACCAGCUAAUUUUUUUUAUGCACCUAUUGCGGAUACUGGUUAUUCAUUUGCGUUUAAAAUACCAGACAGAGAUUACAUUAUAUACGACGAUGUUUUGAAAAAAAAGAAUGCACGCGAUGUCAUGGGAUCACAACAACACUUUAGUCAUAACACAUCUUCGUCUUUGGAUGUAGCCCUGAGAUUUUUCAAAGAGGAAGACAAAAUGGGGAAAUAUAGGAAAGGCACGUGCUUGGAAAUCCUUAAUCGAAGUUUGUUUUCAACAAAACAUAUCCCGUCUUUUCCAGGAUUCAAAUCUGUCGCUCUUCACAAAGACACGAGUGAAAAUUGGUAUGAAGCGAGUGUCAACAACCCAUCUGUUAUCAUUGUCACGAAAACAAAACAAAACAAUCAGUCUGUUGUAAAGAUCUCCUCCGCUAUUUUACCAGCACUUGCUAUUCCAUCAAAAAACGAAUGUUCUAUUGAAAGUAAUGCAAAUGGAUGUGCUUGCGAAGGGUCUAGCGACUGUGCUUCAAGUUUUUGCAGAGAGUUUGAAAUUCAACGAAGAUGUUCAUCAAUGUUUAUUGAAAGUGUGGUGGCUGCUGACAUAUUAUACAAUAAUUUCCAUACGUUAAUGACGACGGUUAUGUCUUCACAUAGUGCUGAAUCAUCCUGUUGGAAGGGUUGUGAGGCUCACUUGAGAAACUGCACCACAAAAUGUUUUCUUAUUGAUGAUCAUGGCUACAUAGUGUACCAUCCGCUUGGUGAAGCAGCCGAAAACAUUAAACUGAUGGACGACGAAAGCACAAUUAUGGAACUGCUCAUAAAGAAAUAUAAUAUAUUUAAGCAAAAAGAAAAAAAAGAUUUUCAAGCCAUAUGUAAAAUUUCCGACUCAAUACCGAUGGUUAAAACGGUUAACAAAUCUAUUGGUAUCAAUCUGUUCCGAAACGAAUAUGUAUGUUUGAAACAUCACAGCGUGUUGGAAAGAACUGACAAAAGAAAUUACUCUCUCGCAACUGCAGUGAAUGCUCCAUGUGUGUCCGCGAGUAUGUUUGUAGAGGAUAUCAUCGGCACCAACAUAAUGUUACUUGUUUUGGAUAAUUAUACGAGAUACGUGAACAAAGAAUGUGCAGAAUGGUAUAAGAGAAAAGAAACAUUGAGAAGUGACACAGAUGGAUGGUGUGACCACAGACAUGAUGUUCAUCUCAAUGCUCCUGACGUAGAGCGCAGUGUUCACAUGAGUGAAUGUCCAAACUUACGAAAUAUAAAUCUUAAAUGUUCUUAUAAUUAUGCCAUAUAUGUUACGUCCACGCGGAAAAUAAUUUACCUCUCAUUCUUGUUUUGGUUUUUGGUAUGUUGGAGAGAGUAAACAGUAGUGAAAAGACGUUCUCGCGGAAAACAAUUUGCCUCUCAUUCUUUUUUUAUUUUGAUUUCUGGGGGGAGAGUAAACAGUAGUGGAAAGACGUUCACGCGGAAAAUAAUUUACCUCUUAUUCUUGUUUUGUUUUUUGGUAUUUUGGAGAGAGUAAACAACUGUUGUGGAAAGACCAAACUGGGUUUAACACUGAAUUUCAAGUAGACUUAAGAAUUCUUGCUUCCGAUAUUAGACAUAACAAAAUGGUCUAUUUGUUUCGUGUCUUUGAACUCAAGAAGAAAUACUAAUAUACACUGUGUGUGAGAAAACCUUCAAGAAAGAGUGACCAUGCACUUCAUGUCUUCAAACAUUCAAGAACGAGUGACCAAGCAUUUUAUGUCUUUAAACAUUCAAACAUGAGUGACUAUGCACUUCAUACUGUCUUUGAACAUUCAAGAAAGAGUGACCAUGCACUUUUUAUUUAUUUAUUUAUAACGAAUAUUUAUACAGGAUUUUUCCAUUCAAGAAUUAGUAAAAUAUACAAAAUAUAUAUAAAUACAAAA